AUGCUAUGUGCUGAAGGAAGUGGUGCUGAAGCAAGUGGUGCUGAGGCAAGUGGUGCUGAGGCAAGUGGUGCUGAGACAAGUGGUGCUGAGGCAAGUGGUGCUGACGCAAGUGGUGCUGAGGCAAGUGGUGCUGAGGCAAGUGGUGCUGAGGCAAGUGGUGCUGAGGCAAGUGGUGCUGAGACAAGUGGUGCUGAGGCAAGUGGUGCUGAGGAAAGUGGUGCUGAAGCAAGUAGUGCUGAGGCAAGUGGUGCUGAGGCAAGUGGUGCUGAGGCAAGUGGUGCUGAGGCAAGUGGUGCUGAGGCAAGUGGUGCUGAGGCAAGUGGUGCUGAGACAAGUGGUGCUGAGGCAAGUGGUGCUGAGGCAAGUGGUGCUGAGGCAAGUGGUGCUGAGGAAAGUGGUGCUGAAGGAAGUGGUGCUGAGGCAAGUGGUGCUGAGGUAAGUGGUGCUGAGGCAAGUGGUGCUGAGACAAGUGGUGCUGAGGCAAGUGGUGCUGAGGCAAGUGGUGCUGAGGCAAGUGGUGCUGAGACAAGUGGUGCUGAGGCAAGUGGUGCUGAAGCAAGUGGUGCUGAGGCAAGUGGUGCUGAGGCAAGCAGUGCUGAAGCAAGUGGUGCUGAAGCAAGUGGUACUGAGGCAAGUGGUGCUGAGGCAAGUGGUGCUGAGGCAAGUGUUGCUGAGGCAAGUGGUGCUGAGGAAAGUGGUGCUGAAGCAAGUGGUGCUGAGGCAAGUGGUGCUGAGGCAAGUGGUGCUGAGGCAAGUGGUGCAGAGGCAAGUGGUGCUGAGGCAAGUGGUGCUGAGGCAAGUGGUGCUGAGGCAAGUGGUGCUGAGACAAGUGUUGCUGAGACAAGUGGUGCUGAAGCAAGUGGUGCUGAGGCAAGUGGUGCUGAGGCAAGUGGUGCUGAGGCAAGUGGUGCUGAGGCAAGUGGUGCUGAGGCAAGUGGUGCUGAGACAAGUGGUGCUGAGGAAAGUGGUGCUGAAGCAAGUGGUGCUGGAGGAAUUUUGGCAUUGGAGAAUGAACUAGGCCUAGGAGAUAAUGAAUUUGGAGGGAUGGAAGACCACAUUUCACGAACUUCCAUACCAGUAAAUAGUGAGGAUGAGAAUGAAGCUGAAAAAGAAUAA